AUGAGUCUUAGGCCUUCUGUAAGGUCUGGAGGGCCGCAGCGGUCACGGAUAAGCUGUGUGGUCGCUGCUCAGUAAAUAAUAGUGAUCUCUAAGAGCUCGAAAAACGUGCUUCGGUCUUUGGCUCGGUGCUUGCUAGUGUGUCUUACAGGCCGCUAGCCCAUACGCGAUUUCGCCGCGGGCGCGUGAAAGCCAAGCUGAGCCGUGUGCAGAGUGCUGCAUCAGUCACGCGAAAGCGUGCGCCAGCAAGCAGACCGCGCAGAAACGCGCGCAUCCAUCUGUGCGGCCCAUUUGCUGGUCCCCUCUCACAACACAAACAACAACAAAAAUGGCAAAAACCACCUGGAAGACCUACUUCGGCGAAGCCCCGGAAGCACACAGCUCCGACGACGACGACUACCACGAGGGCAAACCCAACGGCUACACGCGCGACGAGGCGCGCGAGCGCGACCGGAAGUGGUCGGAGAUCAAGGCCUUCGAGGCCGCUCGCACAAUCACAGUAUUGACCAAAGCAGACCACAGAGGGCUCUGUAGCAGUGUGCGGCCCGUCGACGGCGCCGAGGCCGUGGUGUCGUACGACAUGCGGGACAACGGCGACACGCUGCUGAAACAGGUAAAGCGCCAGGUCGUGACGGUCGGAGCCAACGACGCCCAACUCGAUGAUGUGCUACGAGAGCUGCGCCGUGGCGAGCGCGCCCGCGUCACGCUCGACGACGGCAGUACAAUGGACGUGACGCUGCACUUUGUUAGAAUAGAGCGCGCCGUCGCGCCGCGGCCGAGCCCCUGGACACCACUCAUACAAGGAGCGUGCCGUUCAAAGCGCGUCGCGCUCGGGUCCUCUACACAAAGGCCGCGCUGGGGCGAUACGGCGACGGUGAGGAUAGGCGCCGACGAAGCGAGCCUCGGGGCGUCGCAGCGCGUGGUAAUGGGAGGCGCCCAUGAAUUGGAAGAGGGCGUCGAGGCGGCUUUAUUAGGCAUGAAGGCCGGCGAGGUUUGCGAAGUCGUGGCCUCAGGCGAGUUUGGUUCUGGAAGGUGCUGCGUGGCUCUUGGUGACAUCGAAGGUAGUAAGCCGGAGCCCGACGUUGAUGGGGCGCGGCGCGUCGCGGAGGAUGGACGGGAGAGAGGGCUGGCUUUCGUUGACAAGAACGAGUGGCGGCGCGCCGAGGCCGUGUUUUCGCGGGCGCUCGGCGCGCUGGAGGAGAAUUUGGAUUUAUUGAAAGUGGAAGAUAGGAGGGAUAUCGAGAAUGAAGUGGUCGCCCCGCUGCUCUUGGACAUCGCGGCGUGCGCGCGGCGCCGCCAAGGUUUUAGUGACGAGGACGUUUGUUUGACGAAAGCAUUAGGAUUGGCUGUUGAGCGGGAGGGCGGCGCCGCGCGCGCUCGUGCGUUAUUACGUCGAGGCGCCGCGCGCGCGGACCUGGAACGCUUCGCUGAAGCAAAAGACGAUCUGAAACGAGCAGCCCAGGACGCGCGAAAAAUAGCGACGGAUGCGAACGCAUCAAUGGAAGCGCGCAAAGAUAUGCGAGACGCCUAUGAGGCUUGUAGGACUGAGCUCGAGCGACUGGUGCGCCAGCGGAAGGAACAAAAGGCUCGAGAGAAGGCGGGCCUGUUCGGCGGAUUGGAUAGGGCCUUCUCCGACGUCGUCGAGGUCUCGGAUGACAAGCCGCCCAAACCGCCGCCGUUGUUGUACGAGAAAGAAAUUGAGACAACAUUACGCAAGAAGCAACCUUGGAACCACGACCCCCGCUACUACGAUGUACCAAGGGCGCCCCAUGUGGUACCGCCGCCGGCGGAGACUAUCAGGACCGAUAAUUUGAAGGGCGAGUUCGAGGCUAUCGACGAGGCCGAAACGGAGCAGGCGAAGUUGUCUUCCAUGUUAAGGCAGAACGUGGUCAUGCAGCAGAUGUACGACUGCAACGGCACGGGCCGGCGGGGGAAGCCGUCGAACGACCCCGAGUAUAUGGGUGGCGGGAUGGUGGCGUGAUGAGUAAGACUGUGAUUUUAUCCUGGCGGCGACGGCGUCUCGCGGGCGCGGAGCACUCCUUGCGCGUAUCGUAAACUGUCCUCAAUAUUCAAUGUGAGCGGAUGCGCGCCACCGAACACGCGCCGCGCGAUCCGUUCAAUUUCCUCGAUCGUCGCCACGGCCUCGCGGAGAUCAUCGAGCGUGGCGGCGGGGUCCGUGUAGAACGCCCGCGCGUAAAGCGACCUCAUUUUGAGCGUCAGUCUAUGUCCUUCUCCAAGAACGCGUCGCGCCACAGGUAUCGUUUUGUGCAGCAGCGACCUGGCUUCUUCGGCUUCGGGCGCUUGCUCUAGAUCAACGAGGGAGUUCGCAUAGUUGAGGGCUGCUAUAAAGGUGUUCAAGUGUUCCUCGCCAUUGAGCUUCAAACGUCCAUGAGGAUUACGCCGAACGCCCGUUAGACGACUACAUCGUUGACGUGACCGAAGCUGUGGAGAUCUUGGAGAAGGACGAACGGACGACGCGAAGUGUCCGAGGGAGCGACCAUCCCGAGGCCCAGCGCGUGGCGGACUUGCUCAGACGGAUGCGAUUGAGGCUCAAGCGCGCCCGCGACCAACAAAGCGCAGCUGAAAUCGCGGCGGACGCAGAGGAUGCUCGUUUAGCGGCCGAGGAGGACGCGUCGUUCGACUCGGACACGUACUCGAACUCCGCUUCCGACGCGUCCGAAGACGAGGACGACGAAGGAGAAGACUCGGCCUCGGAGAGCUAG